UGCACUGCUCCGCUAAAGCCUCAGCAUCCGAGCAUCUCCAUUCGGAAGACCCAGUUUUCUCCCGUCCGCUGAAACAGCCCCCACAGGGCUAUGUCGACUUUAAUGGUACUUAAGAACCUGGUCUAACCUUAAGAUGCAACAACUUGACUGCAUCUGGAAACUAUCAGCGUGAGGCUGCUCCAUAGGCAGACCCUCUCAGUAAAACCGUUUCCGCCAUAUCUUGGAUCUUACGGUCGAGAGUUAAAAUCCCUUCCACCUUCCAAUACGAUCGUGUCGUGCUUCCCAAAUAUCAAGCCAUGGAUUCUGUUGAUGAUGCUUUGUUGCGACAAAAACAUCCGAUAGAGACUACAGAGGCAGACGAAGGGUCGCCAUGUACCCAGGAAAUUGCUCGUCCCCAGCCUCGGAGCUUGAAGCUUCUCGCUUCACUCGUCACAGUAUACAGCUUCCUCCUUAUUUUCUCGUGGACAGUCACCUGUAUCCUUACCUACCGUCCUCUCGACUGGCAUUCAACUACACCCUCGUGGGGGAUGGCCAGUCAAAUAACCUGUGCGUCUCAGACGCUUGUGGGUGGCACUAACUCGGAAGCCACUACAACGUUCUCCUGUGGACAACGAGAUGCUGAAAAGAUAUGGUUGGAUGUAUCUCAGCUGAGCGCCACCAGGCGCUGGAGACUGGCUGCUAGAAUGAUUGCAUCCAUUCUGGCCGUUUUAACCAUACCGUUCUCUUCUUUCAUCGCCGCCCGCGCAGCCGUUGUUUACGCCCAAACUGCGGAUACUGCCCGGGCUUUUAGUUUGAGGAAAAUGCUUGCGCUUGCAGAUCGCGGGUGGUGGAAUCCUUUCAUUCUGAUGCGACUCGUUCUUCCCGGGGGCUGGCGACAGAGUGGCAGUCCCCUUCUUCUUUACGCCUUUGCUGUUUGCGCACUGGGUACCUUGAAUUGGCCCUUGCAACAGCUUCUCGUGUCGCAGGAAACCAUUUUCGUGGCAACGGAACUUGCCGAACCAACUCCUUUUCUCGAAGAUGCGGAUAUCACGGGCUUAUCCCAGGUGCACUCUGUCAUGACAGUGGGUGAUACCAGAGCUGCUAUCGAGUAUGCAAGUCAGUAUGCCUCCCAGCCUAGUAUAUGGCGGACUCCAGAAUCGCAGUGCAAUACAUCUAUGAGUUGGGCGUACUCGUGUGCUACGCAAUAUUUAAAGGGAGGUACCUACGUUUCGAAUAUGUAUACUCUUCGCGGCAAUAGUUCGUUUGUCUCAGUUCCUGCGAACUCCAUUACGACGGGGAUUGUCGAGGAUCAUGCUUUUCGAUUCAAUACAACUGUCGUUGCAGAAGGGGUGCCAGCAGAUGCCUUUCCGGAUACAUGUGGUGGAUCGGGAUCUUUCUCUACAUCGAGCGUCGCCAAUUUGUCGGAGUUAGAUUCAGCGUACGACAUUCCAGACUCAGCAAAGGGAGUCAUGGAGUUCAGAGUGUGUGCGAUGGGCGAUUCGCAGCAAUUCCCAUGGAAUCUCACUCGUAACCGCCAGGAUAUUGAAGAGGAGGCGUACAUUCAAUUCAACGCAGUUGCAAUGAGCUUUUUGACCAAUGGAUGUCACACAACUAGCUGGACUCAACAGAUCCGUGCAAAUACCACUGCAGGCUACUUCAUGCUUCCGAAUUAUCAGACCAAUAACGAAGCCGGUCCACUACUUGAGACGUUUAACCUCUCUUCUAGCCACGACCCAGAGAACGUGAUGAUCUCCCAGAGUGAGGGGAUGAACAUUCAUGACCUGAACAACUCGAAAGUUCUUGGAUAUGACUAUCCCAACCCAACUGUCGUGGCAUCCCCAGCCCUGGGUCCCCUUCUAACAGCCACGAUAGCCCUGUUCGGCCCAUCGACCUUCUUCGCCAACCGCGCAAACUCAACCCCAACGCUCACCACCACUUCCACAUCCGUCGACGAAUGCUCCGACCCCGUUCCAUUUUCCUACAUCUCCGAAACCACCACCCACGACAACACCAACUGGCGCUACAGUCCCCUCGGAUCCUGUGCCUCCCCCUCCAACACCACAUCCUUCAACGAUCUCAACGCCUGGCUCACCCAGCUUUUCGCCAACUACGACUACCCUGAAACCAGCGACGUCUUCACACAGGCUGCCUUUUUUGCCAACAAAGCCAAUCUCGGCCGCGCGGCAACGGUCCAAGGCUAUAGCAGGAUCCUGUUCAAGGACGAGGGAACUUCCGUGGAUAUCUUCCACAUUCGACCCUGGGCGAUAGCACUCAUUUCGGUGAUCGUUGGCUUACAUGUACUGGGGUUGGCGGGGUUGACGGUCUAUGCGGGAUAUCAUCCCACGUGGACGGAGUCGUUUGAUUCAUUUGCGAUGUUGAGGAUUGGGGCACAGAUUGCGGCGAGGAAUGAUGCCGCUCAUCGGUUGCCUUUGCUGGGGCAUGUAAGAUCUGAUGAGAUGGGAAUGCUGGACGGUCUUGAUGGGUUUAUCGGGGAGGAUACGGAUACACGAGCACAGGAUGUUCAGGAUGCUGGACGUCUUGUCCUGGGUGGAAGGGGGCGUUUGAGGAGGGGACGGCAGUAUCUUGUUUUUCGAUUUUGAAGCUGAUAUCCAAUAUUCCUCCGUCUUGCAUUACAAACGUCUUGGAAUAAUAACUAGGGUGGCUGCAAAAAGCGGGGAUUUGCCACCGUUUCUUGCUUGGCCAUUUGUCUCGGAACCCC